CCACGGCCGGGCGGGACCAAACGUGACCUAGUCCUCCGUAGCUCGCGCCCCAGGUCGGAACGCUAGCGUGCGAAUCGACGGGACGGCCGGACCACCGAGGUGCGCGCCCGGAAGCAGCCGGUCGGCUGCCUUUGGAGCCAUGGCCGCCACCGUGCUGAGAGCUAUCUCGCGCGCUCUACGUUCGCCGUGCUGGCCUCUGGGAAUUUGGCAGACACAGAUUAGAAACACCCACCAGCGAGCUUCAUUGUUGUCUUUCUGGGAACUCAUUCCCAUGAGAGCAGAACCUCUGCGAAAGAAGAAGAAGGUAGAUCCUAAAAAAGACCAAGCUGUAAAGGACCGUUUGAAAAAGAGGAUCCGAAAACUAGAAAAGGCUAGCCAGGAGCUAAUUCCCAUUGAAGAUUUUAUUACACCUGUGAGGUUCUUGGAUCAAGUGAGACAGCGGCCUCAGGUAGAGCUCUCCUUUGAGGAGGCUGAGCGGAGAGCUUUGCUUCUGAAGAAGUGGUCCCUGUACAAGCAGCGAGAGCAUGAGAUGGAGAGGGAAGCCAUCAAGUCCAUGCUUGAGGCCCAGCAGGAAGCUCUGCAGGAACUACAACUCACGUCCAAGGAGCUCCAUAUGGAGGCUAUCAAGCGGGACCCCAGUCUGUUCCCCUUUGAGAGAGAAGGGCCAGAUUACACACCACCGAUCUCCAACUAUCAGCCCCCUGAAGGCAGGUACCAUGAUAUCACCAAGGUGUACACACAGGUGGAGUUCAAAAGAUAGAGCUGCAGGCAGCUAUCUGAACAUGCUACCCUUGACAGCCAGAACCACCAGAGCUCAAGCCUGUUUGUCACAGAGUUAGGCAUGCUGAGAAUAAAUGUAAGUUUAAUCAAG